UCUGAGCAUCAAUCGGCUGCUGUAUCGUGUCGUGUGAGCUUCGGUGUUCUUGCGUAGUGCGUCUGUUCAACAUCGGAAAGUUUGUGUAUACAGUUCGGUCGCGGUCUUAUCUCGGCCGGACGAGAUGGUGUGCUACUGUUAAGUUAUUCCCUCGUUUUUCAAGCACUUGGAUUGGAUUGGAUUGGAUCUAACAAAAUCAGAAUAGUCCUGGUUCAUUCUGGAUGAGGCAGCUGGAAUGAUCUGGAAAAGCUGUAUUUUCAAUCUUUUACUUCUCGUAUUCGGAAUAAAUGGACAAUACAGAUCACCGCGUAUCACGGAGCAUCCGGCGUCGACGGUGGUGCCGAAGAACGAGCCGGUGACGCUGAACUGCAAAGCCGAGGGUCGACCCGAGCCGGACAUCGAGUGGUGGAAGGACGGACAACGGGUCGAGGUGUCAGCCAAUACGCAGCGCGACUCCAUCGGUCCCGUGUUGCUUCCGGCCGGGUCGCUCUUCUUCCUGCGGGCCCGUCACGGCAAGAAGGAGCACGAUGACGGCGUCUACUGGUGCGUUGCUCGCAACCUCGCCGGAUCUGCCACCAGUCGCAACGCCACGCUACAAGUUGCAGUUCUGAGAGAAGACUUCAGAGCCGAACCGAAAGAUACACGUGUUGCAGCAGGUGAAACGGCCCUAUUGGAGUGUGGGCCUCCCAAGGGUCACCCGGAACCCACUUUGUUCUGGAAGAAGGAUGGUCAGGUGCUCGAUCUGGAAACAUCCAACAGAGUACGGGUGGUGGAUGGAGGGAACCUGAUGAUGACUGAGGUGAGGCAGGCAGAUGAAGGUCGCUACCAAUGUCUCGUGCAGAAUUUGGUUGGAAUGAGAGAGUCUGGUCAUGCUACGCUCACUGUUCAUGUGCUCCCUCCGCUGCAUUUUGAACUCCGAAGUGUCACAACCACGUCUCUCUUGAAGAUGGUUGACUUCGAGUGCCGAGUGGGCGGCGACCCGUCGCCCAAAAUCCUGUGGCGUCGCGACGACGGGAAAAUGCCCAUCGGCAGGGCUCACCUGCUCGAUGACAAGUCAUUGAGAAUCGAGCAUGUCACUCCUGAAGAUGAGGGUCUCUACAUCUGCGACGCCGAGAAUCUUGUUGGAAGUGUCUCCGCUCGUGCAUCUCUGACUGUACAUUCACCUCCAGUAUUCAUCACCAAACCACAAGAUCAGAAGGUUGGCCUAAAUGGAAUAGCGUCGUUCGACUGUGUUGCCAAAGGAAAUCCGCCUCCAAGUGUUUUCUGGAGCAAGGAAGGAAGCCAAGUGCUGAUGUUCCCGGGCAACUCGUACGGCCACUUGCACGUCACUGCUGAGGGUUCACUGCGCAUUCAGGGCGCGCAGAGGGAAGACGCCGGGUUCCUUGUUUGCUCUGCAUUGAGUGUAGCUGGUUCAACCACUGUCAGAGCUUUUUUGCAGGUGACAUCGGUUGAUGAUGUUCCACCUCCCAUAGUCGAGAUAGGUCCAUCUAACCAGACUCUACCAAUUGAUUCAGUUGCAAAUCUGCCUUGCCAAGCGCGGGGUACUCCACAUCCCAUUAUAAAAUGGUACAAGGACUCACAGCCACUCGACUCCACUGUCAAUCCCAGAGUCAACAUUCUCACAUCUGGAACAUUGCAAAUCAAUGACCUGCAGCUAGUGGACUCCGGCCUUUACACAUGCACAGCGUCGUCAGAGAGUGGAGAGACGUCGUGGUCAGCGUCGCUGAGCGUGGAAAAGGCGCCUGGCACCCACCUGCACCGCAGCCCCGACCCGUCCACGUUCCCAUCACCGCCCGGGACACCCCAAGUGCUCAACAUCACCCAGUCCAACAUCACCAUCACCUGGGACCCGGGGGAGAACGCAGCUCCCCUCAUCGGCUACACUGUCGAGUACUUCAGCUCCGACCUGCAGACCGGCUGGGUGGUCGCUGCGCACAGGAUCAACAACCGCUCUAUCACGAUAGGAGAUUUGAAGCCGGAGACAUCAUACGUGUUCGUAGUGCGAGCUGAGAAUGCUCACGGGCUGUCAGUGCCCAGUGACACGUCGAAAGUGGUGAGAACCCUGGGCAGCAGUGAGGGCACAAGGACUGUGCCGCCGCAGCUGCUGGAUGAGGCCAGGGUUCGGUUGGGCACCAAGGUCAUUGUCCUACAGGACCUCAGCCCCGUCUCCUCCACCUCUGUCAAGCUGGUCUGGGAGAUCUUGAAUGCAGAGAAAUUUGUAGAAGGGUUAUACGUAAGAUUUCGUGACUUGUCUGGAGGAUCUCAAAAAUACAAUAUGGUCACCGUUCUCAAUGCUGGAGCCACAAGCUACACAGUUGUCAAUCUACGAAAGUUUACCAAAUAUGAGUUCUUCCUUGUACCAUUUUUCAAGACUGUUGAAGGUCAACCUUCGAACUCAAAAAUCGUCCAAACCCUUGAAGAUGUUCCUUCAGCUCCACCUGACAAUAUUCAAGUAGGCAGUAUCAAUUCUACUGCAGUUUUUGUACAUUGGUCGCCACCUCCACCGCAACACUACAAUGGAAUAAUACUUGGUUACAAGUUGCAAAUCAAAAGUAACGGCACCAAAGUGGUAGCACAGAUGUCGAUGAAUGUUUCGACCACGUCUAUUCUGCUGAACAACCUGGCGUCGAAUGGAAUGUUGACGGUGCGAGUGGCUGCCUUGACGCGGGUGGGCAUAGGCCCAUACAGUGUGUCUAUGCCCCUGGUGUUCAGUCGCCUCGGCCCAUACUCGCAGCCCACCACUGGCCCAACGCAGACCUGGCUGGUGCUCAUCCUCGCCUUCCUCGCAGUCAUACUCCUGCUGGCAACUGUUUCCACGCUCUACGUCAGGAAGCGGCAUGGGCUCACCAAGCAUAUCAGUCAGCUCAGUGUUCCAGUAAUGAACUCUGGCGACCUGGUGCACGGCGGGGUGAAGGAGAGCCUUUGGAUUGACCGCGGCUGGGGCCUGGGGGGAACGGGCGACGGGGACAACAAGGUGGUUCGCCUGGGGCCGGGGGGGUUGCUGUCGGCGGGGGGGCUCGCCGACCAUGCUGACCACUACGCCGAAGUCAACACCCGCAGUCUCUCUACCUUCUACAGCUCGCACCCCACCCCCUAUGCCACCACCACUCUCAUCAAUAAGACUGAAGAAUACAAUACGGAGACUGGACCAUUACUGGUUCCUGUGUCCUUGAGUGCGUCUUCCAAAAUGAAAAACUCGAAUUCGUGUGAAUCGAACUCACGACAAGAUAUCAAUUGUCGAGAUGAGUGUGCCACCGUUUCGAGUGUCGCCGCCGCCGUUGCUGCAGGUGAAGUUGGUCAGUUUGAUAGGAGCUGUGAUAUCAUGAACAAGCCAGGAAUGAUGGCACAUCAUCAAUGGGGAGAUUUCAUGGCACCUUGUCAUCAUCAACAGCCCACACCUGCAGAUACGAGGCAGUUCAAUCAGGUUGGCAGCAACUGCGGAUGCGGUAGCACGUUCACUUCGGCGAGAGACGGUAACAACGGCCCAGGUCCUGGCCCUGGUCCGGGGCCUCCACGCAGUGCCAGCAGCUGCUACACGCCCGUCUACAUCCCCGGCCAGCCGGACAAGGCCUGUCACACACUGGCAGGCCACGGCGCACACACACUCGGCCUCUCCUCCUCCAUGCACAGGCACUACCCGCCUCCCAAUCAACAGCCUCCUCCUGUUCCGUCAGAUUAUGGAGACGGCAAUGACUCGACCAGUUGUGGAAGUGGUUCAGUGAUGAGUUACAACUACCACAAUUGUAAAAGACAUCACGGUAACAAUGUUUCGCAAUGUAGUGAAAAUACCCAGGAUUCCUACUAUGAGAGCGCUUCUCUACUAAGUUGCCAUCCGAUCUACAGGUAUAAUAUAAUCUUCCAUUGAUUUAUCAGUUUUUUU